AUGGCCUCAAAAGAAUCAUCAAUCCUGCCCGCCGAUCUCAUGGAGUCACAAUUAUCGACAAUUGACCUCCUUACGGCAAUGUUUCCCUCGCCAGGCGAACUAGAAAUCCCUGAAUCCACAACGCAGUGCAUUGAAAAAAUCCGGAACUGGUGCGAGGAUCCCAGCUCAACGCCGUCCGGGAUCCCCGACAAUAUAUCUCUCGCAGUCUGUCUCCCAAUUGAAGAUGGGGAGCGAACCAUCCAAGUCAACAUCACAGUGCCACUGCAGUGCGAAGAUCAAUCAAUUGACCAGCCGCCACCACUGGGCUUCUCACUUCGACAACCAGACUGGUUGUCCAGGGCCGAGGUGGCUAACAUCACGGCUUCAAUACCCCAAAGCGACGAUGCAUUGGAAGUAUUUGAAUUUGUUCAAUCGGAAGCCAAUCGCAUCCUUGAAAGCAAACAGACUCAAGUCGUCACGUCAGAAACAGACAAAGGUCCCAUUGUCCGAGUAUGGUUCUAUUUCCCGUCUCUGUCGACACGCAAAAAGAGAGACGACAUGGUUAACCUGGCCCCGGCAUAUUCUCUGACGGGCUUUGUGCUCGCGGGCAAACCUGGCGUGUUGUGUCUUGAGGGAGCUUCGCCGGACGUCGAUUCAUAUAUGAGUUUCAUCAAGACGCAUUCUUGGGGCGAUAUUCCGAGUCAUCAGAAAAAAGUGAGCGAGCGAUUCAGAGAGACCGAGGAUGUGCAAAGAGUCUUUGCUGGAAUGGAGGAGAUCACGGACUCAUUGGGGGAACGUGGCGGGCAACGCGCUAAUCGGGGGGACAUGCAAGCCUUGGAGGCUUGGCUGGGGAGUAAAGGGCUUCAGGAGGCAUUUGAAAAGGUGAUCUUCUAG